GUGUUACUCAUAAGUCAUAUUUCUCUCACUCUUCAUCUUUAAUGCGCGACUCGCUGCCCGGCUACGGUGAUCCUGCCACCAGUCGCGCCACUAUCGCAACACCAGGCUGCUUUCUUCCCAACUUGAAAUCAUUCGCACUUGGACCCAAGGUUUUGUUCAAAUUUGAGAGUCAAAAGAACAGUGAGGAUGAUAGGAGGUGGUCGUAUCCGGCUCAACAGAUGGCAGCAGGCAGCUGUUGCUGUUGGUUCAGCGGUUGGUGCAUUGCUAGACCCACGAAGAGCAGAUCUGAUAGCAGCCCUUGGGGAGACUACCGGAAAGCCAGCUUUUGAAAGCGUGCUUGAAAGAAUGAAGAGGAGCCCGGAAGGCAGAGCAAUUUUGCAGGAUCAACCACGUGUGAUAUCUGUGAACGUGGGGCAUGCAUGGGAACUACCGCCCAACACAUUCGGUGCUGCUUAUGCAAACUUCAUGGGAUCAAGGAAUUUUUCCCCUGACGACCGACCACCGGUGCGGUUCAUGGAAACAGACGAGUUGGCAUAUGUGGCCAUGCGGGCUCGUGAGGUGCACGACUUCUGGCACACCCUAUUUGGCCUCCCCACCAACUUAAUUGGUGAGUCAGCACUCAAGGUGAUAGAGUUUGAGCAAAUGUGCCUUCCCAUGUGCCUGCUCUCUGUCUUGGGGGGCACAGCAAGAUUCAGCGAGAAGCAGAGGAAAUUGUUCUUUCAGCACUACUUCCAGUGGGCCAUACGGGCUGGCAUGGAGUGCACUGACCUCAUGUGUAUAUAUUAUGAACGACACUUUCAUGAGGACUUGGAGGAUGUUCGAAGGAAAUGGGGGAUAAUUCCUGCUCCUCUCGCUCCUAAAGAAAAUGCUAUUUGAGCAGCGGCAGCGGCGGCUAAGCUAUAACUAGUUGGCCAGAUAGAAAAAACCGGACAAGAUGUAUUGCUGAGAAUUAAGCGCAAAAUUUUCUGCAAAGUCCUGCAAAUGCCUAGUUGGGAAAGAGACCGAUUCUGAUUGCCAACGAAAUAAUCUCGUUAAUUUUCCAGUUGUUGAAAGUUGAAGCUGAUGCCGUGAGAAGGCUCAUGUGGCCAGAGGAUUGUGCUUCACGGCUCAAAGAAACAGAGUGAUUUGGAGAGAUAACAAGGAAAAGAAAAUUUACUAAA